AUGACCGAUACUUCAACAUCAGUCCCCGUUGAAGUUAACCCUGCUAUGGUUCCUCCACCAGAACAUGAUAAUAAAUUAUGUAUUCUAACUGGUGCAACUGGAGGAAUUGGUAAAGAAUUAGCCAAAGAGAUGGCUAAAACAAAGAUGUCUGUCAUUAUUGCAUGUAGAAAUGUUGAAAAAUCAACUGAACUCAUUGAAGAGUUGAAAAAGGAGAGUGGUAAUGAUAAAAUCACCGCCGCCAAGGUGGAUUUUAAUUCAUUCGAGUCGAUUAGAGAGUUUGCCAAACAGUUUAACGACAGAUUCGUACCACUCAACUAUUUGGUCAAUUGUAUCGGUGUCUAUUCCAACACCUAUGAAAAGACUGCCGAUGGACAUGAACUCAAUGUUGGUGUCAACUAUUAUGGCACUGUCCUAUUGACAAUGUUAUUAUUGGAAAGACUCGAACAAGGAAAUGGAAGAGUUUUAUCACUUAGUUCAAAGAUGCAUGGUUGGGCCGAAAAGAUUAAUCUUGAGAAAUUGGAAUGUGACGAAAAACAUUACAACAAUAACAAGAUAUAUUCAAAUUCCAAACUGUAUCUUAUCAUGUUUUGUAAUGAGUUGCAAAGACGAUUGGAUCAAAAGGGGUAUUUGAAUGUAGAGGUGAAUUGCGCACAUCCAGGUGUCGUCGCUACACAGAUGUUGAUGAAGAACAAGUUGCUCAAGUUUUUGCGUCCUGUCAUCAACCCAUUCUUUACAACUGCCGAGCACAGUGGUCGUACCAUGGCAGAGGUAGCAUUGGGAGAAUCCAAGGCAACCAAGGGUACCAAGGGCCAGUACUUUGUGUUGAAUAAAAAGACCAACCCUAGCAAACAAGCAUCCAACCAAGACCUGUCCAAACAACUGUAUGAGCAGACGUGUGCCUAUUUACAAGUCCCACCCAAUUUGGAGAAUAAUAAUCCUGCCAUUCAAACUGCUAUGAAUCUCCAUGUUGGUCAAGUUGACAACAACAACAACAACACAGAACAAUCUACAUCUACAACUACUGUCGCGCCAACCAACGAGGAGGAGAACAAGCCAGUUGAUACGACCACCGCUGAGCUCAUUACCACUACAACGACCACUACUACAGUGACUGACAACACAGACACCCAAGCACUUCCAACCACAACAAUUGAAAAAGUGACAACCAUUGAGACCAUUGAGCCCGCAACAACCACAGACUCCAAUGCCACUGCGUCUACUCAAGAUGAAGUUAUCCAAGAUGCAACCACUUCAACCACAUCCACAAUAGUUGAAGAAUUAAUCCAAUAA